AUUCCCAGCAAGUUAUACAAUGUCCGAUGUCCAUUUUCCCCAUUUGAACACGGACUUGAGUGUCAUGGAGCUGGAAAAUGUAUCACAAGAACCUGGCAAUAUACUCAUCGCAACUGUUGCCUGAUUGCCUUAGGACAAUCAAAUCGAAUCGAAUCCCCGUCGACAUUCCCCACGUGAUCUUCACCUCCAAUUUGCCGUAAACCCCAGAAUGACACUUUUACUCCAAACGCAAGAAAAACAAUACCGGGAUCGAAAUUAAAAUGGUUUUGGAGCUACAUGUCUGGGGGCCGGCCUUCUCCUUGCCCUCAAUAGAGGCUCAAUGUCUCGCAACCGUAGCCUAUUUCUCUCUGGCUGUGCCGAAGGACGCAUGGGUGCUGGUCGCAAGCAGUGAUCCUUCCGUGUCUCCAACCUGUGAAUUGCCCGCUUUACGGAAUGGUUCGACAUGGGUGAGCCGAUUCCGAAAUAUCGUGGAUUACCUGCGGCAGUACUCGAAUGGCGAGUGGGAUUUGGAUAGAGGGUUGAGCGGGUUACAAAGAGCCGAUAAUAUUGCAUUCUCAUCCUUCGUUGAAUCCCGCGCCCAAGCCCUCGUCGACCUCUCCCUCUACGUAACCAGUCAGAACUACUACAACCAGACCUCCCCCGCCUACGGCUCCAUCCUUCAAUGGCCAAACCAAUGGAUCCUCCCCUCUAGAAUCCAUGCCGCCGCAAAAGCCCGAACCGAUCAUCUCGGCCUCUCAUCACUGGAUCUACAAGCCAUUGAAGAACAGCGCCAACGCGAGCACUCGGCCGCCGUCGCAGCCGGUCAGAUCCCUCCGAACUUCAUCCGCCGUCCGCGUGAUACCGUCACAGGUCUCCUAGGAAAGACCUCGCAGCAGAACCAGUUCCGACUGGACGCUGUGACGGGAGAGCUCUUCGAGCCGCUAGAAGAGAUCCUCGCCAAUAAGGCAUAUCUCAUCUCGGGCGAGGACGAUGGACCAUCCAGCUUAGACUGCUUGGCUGUCGGAUAUAUGUCUUUGGCCCUCGUUCCGGAGCUAUCCUUCUCGUGGCUCCGCGAUGCGAUGAAGAGCAAGGCGCCCCGGUUAACGGUGUAUACCGAGCGCAUGCGCCAACAGUGUUACGGUCUCGGCGUCGAGGUGUCGCAUGCGUACGCCCCUUCUCAGGAUUCCUGCUCAUCACUACCUUGGCGUGCGCCGGAACGUGCUCGCCUCUCUACGCUGGGAAGCACCCUCUUCAACGCCCUUGCUGAUAGCACUCCGAUCCUGAAAGAUAUCCGCGCCCAGGAGAGGCUGCGGGUAGCGGCCGAAUCGCCAGACUCGGGCCUCUCGGAGCCCGAUAGCCAGAAACUUUCUUCCUUUGCCAGGGGACAGAAGAAAGAUAUUCUGGUCAAUAUCGCAUAUGCGGUGGGUGGUGUUGCCGCAUUGAUCGGGUACAUGGCGUACGAGGGAUUCUUUUCUGUGGAGAUGGGGGAUGAAUAUGAGGAGGAUGUAGAGAUUCAUGAUGACGAACUGGCGGCCAUGGAAAACAUUGAAUCAGAUUCAUAUCAGUUGAAGAAUGUUUUGGCUGGGCUGUAGACUGCUUGGUUGCCGGUUGACUCUACUUGUAUAAAUAGAAAUGCCUGAUUGCUCUUGGUUCACUCCCAACCUAUAAUCCCAUACCUUUAAUACCACUUCA